AAUGUGGGAGAACUGACCACGAAUAUUGAUAGGAAAUAAUUUCUAUCUAUAAUCAUAGAAUUGACCCCAGCCUUAAAAUGUAUAACAGUUAAUGCCGUAGUGGUAAAUAAUUAGUACUUAUUAAAAAACUUAUAUGCUGUUCUCUUCUGCUUCAUUAAUUUUACUAACGUACAGUAGCGAAUUGCUUAUGAAUUUUUCCUUCUGCCAGUUUUGAAGGUCAAUAUUUUCAAAACGUUUAAUAGAUGAAACAUACGAAGGCAAUAAUUAAUUAUUAGUGUUACCACUUUCCAUUCUCUUUUGAGUAAGUUUUCAAUUUUUGUUCAAGGCUAAGUUUUGAUAGAGUUCAUACAGAUCUGUUUUAUAAAAUGGAAAAAAUAGUAUCGUGUAAAAUUGGUCCAUCUAUUUUAAAUGCUGAUUUGUCUCAAUUAUAUGAUGAAUCUCAAAGAUUGUUGGACAGUGGAGCAGAUUACUUACAUUUAGAUGUUAUGGAUGGAACUUUUGUUCCUAAUUUAACUUUUGGACAUCCUGUUGUUAAAUGUUUAAGAACAAAAUUACCCAAUACUAUGUUGGAAACACAUAUGAUGGUUCAAAAUCCAAUCCAAUGGGUUUCACCUAUGGCUGAUGCAAAUGUAGAUCAAUAUACAUUUCAUAUUGAACCAUGUGAAGAUGUUCCUUUAGUGUGCCGUAAAAUUAGAGAAGCAGGCAUGAAAGUAGGAUUAGCAAUAAAACCUGGCACUCCUAUCACUUGUAUUGAAAAAUACAUAGAUAUGGCUGACAUGGUCCUAGUGAUGACAGUUGAACCUGGCUUUGGUGGUCAAAAAUUUAUGGUUAAUAUGAUGCCAAAAGUAGAAUGGCUAAGAGAAAAUUAUCCUACAUUGGAUAUUGAAGUCGAUGGAGGUGUUGGUCCUAGUACUAUUGAUAUUUGUGCUAAAGCAGGAGCAAAUAUGAUUGUAUCAGGCACUGCUGUUAUUCAAGCUGAAAAUCCACCCCAAGUUAUUAAAUUUCUCAGAGAGUCUGUUAACAAGCAAUUAAAUCUUAAAAUAAAUAUUUAAACUGUUAUUCAAUAAAUGCUAAAAUAUAUAAUUAUUGUUAUAA